GACCAGAAGACACAUCAUUUCUCCUACGAACAUGAAGGAAGACUGCAUAAAGGGAUGAUUGAAGUGUCUUGGUUGGCCAUCAGAUCCUGGGACGAUCUGCUUGUCAGCAUACCUAAGAACAAUAAGGUAUGAACUUGGGCCAUCUUCUUCCCUUUCUCAAGGAUAUCUCGACACAGUCUCGUACCAUUGGUCGCUUCUACAAAAUCCUUUAAAACCAACCAAUAAAAAAGUCCAGGCGGAGUUAUGCUAAUUAGAUAAAUGACGUUGCUACCUAAGUGUAAAAGGAAACUACACAGCACUAUCGCCUCAUAUACUUCCGAUCUACAUUCACAACCAGUGUUAUGGGAAUUUUUAAACGUAUUUUUCACACCGCUUUGCAGUACAACAACGGGAGAUUGUUAAGCUAGAGUUUUUUGUUAUUGUGAAUAUAAAGAAUUUAGGAUUGUAACUCGUGUAAUUUGUUAGAAAGAAAUUAAAACUUGGCGAUCUAGGAAAAUUGAAUCAGCUCAAAUGGCUGAUGAAUUUACGCUAAAUGCAUGGGGUCGAGGUCGCGGGCGUGGUAGGAAACAGACUCAGGCUCAGGAUAAUCCUGGAACAAAUGGUGUAUCAAAGCAUGUACAAGGAGAACGAGGAAUCAGACCUGGAGCACAGGCUGAAGAACCUUCUUACGCAAGGCCUUCAGGUUCAUGUCCUCAACAACCACAGGAACAAGCACAGCCACAGCCACAGCUACAAGGACAGUGGUCAAGACCACUAUUGCGAGGUAUGUCAAAUAGUUUACCCAGUGCAAUUGGAACCUCAAGACCGGUAGACAUUGAGCGUGCUGUAAGUGUUGGCAGGGGUUCUUCUCGAAGUCGUGUUGUAGCUGAAAAUAUUUCAUUUGGUCGUAGAGAAACCAGGGGACAAGCGCCACUUUCAGUAACUAAACCGAGCAAUUUAAUUUCUAAGAAAGGAACUUCUGGGCACCCUCUAGAACUGACUACAAACUACUUUGAAUUGAUCUGUAAAAGUGAUUGGCAUCUGUAUCAGUACCACGUUGACUUCUCUCCAGAAGAGGAUCGUAUAGCUGUUCGUAAAGGACUUCUUCGUUUGCACGAGGAUAAACUUAAUGGAUAUAUCUUCGAUGGCAGCAGUCUUUUCACUAGCCACCCAUUACAAAAGCUACUCGAAUUUACGUCAACUAGAAAAUCUGACGAAACUCGAAUUAAAAUCACCAUACGCUUCGUAGGUGAUGUAGAAAGAGGCAGUCCCACCUAUAUCCAAGUCUUCAAUGUCCUAAUGCGCAAAUUUCUUCAGCAUUUGAAACUUCAACUAAUUGGCAGAGAUUACUAUGACGCUAAAGCAAAGAUUCAGAUAACCGAAUAUAUGUUAGACUUGUGGCCGGGAUACAUUACUGCUAUAAAACAACAUGAUCAUGGCAUCUUGCUGUGUGCCGAGAUCUCACACAAGGUAAUGCGACAGCAGUCCAUCUGGAAUCUUCUGGAGGAUGCACGAAGAAGAAAUGGUGGAGAUUACAGGGCUCGCUUCCUAGCAGAAGUCAUCGGCAUGACUGUCCUUACUAGCUACAAUAAUAAAACUUAUCGCGUUGAUGAUGUGGUUUUUGAUCUUACUCCCGAGAGUACAUUCAAGUUGCGCAAUGGAGAAUCCAUCUCCUAUAUUGAUUACUAUCGAACAAAGUAUCAAAUUAAAAUAAAAGAGCGUUAUCAACCUCUAUUGCUGUCUCAGUCAAAAAUGAAGAAUCGUCAAAUCGGAGAGAAGGACAUUAUUUACUUAGUUCCCGAAUUGUGCCGUGCUACUGGAUUGACUGACGAGAUGAGAAACAACUUCAGGCUCAUGAAAUCUCUUGCUAAUUAUACGAGGAUUGGACCUCAUGCUCGUAUUCAAAAGUUGAUGUCAUUUAACCAGCGGCUACACUCUGAACCAGCUGUAGCUCAGGAUCUAAAGAAAUGGGACCUGAACCUGGACAAGAGAUUAUUAAGUAUACAGGGGAGGGUUCUUAAUCAAGAGAACAUUUUUUUCGGUCGGAAUAAAAGAAUUAUAUCUGGAAACGAGGCCGACUGGUCGAAAGGUUUUCGCGGUAACCAUUUACUGGUUACAACUCAGUUGAACAAUUGGCAUUACGUGGGGCCUUCAUUUGUAAAACGAGAUGCUGAUAGAUUCAUAGAGAACCUAAUAAAAGCGUCAUCACCGAUGGGAUUUAUUGUGAAACCUCCCACUUUUCACGACGUUCGGAACGAGAAUGCCGGCAGUUACGUCGAUACACUGGAGAGGAUCAUGAGGUCCUUCCAACCCCAGCUAGUGCUUUGUGCCGUGCCGAAUAAUCGUGCUGAUCGUUAUUCAGCUAUUAAGAAAAAGUGUUGCAUAGACAGACCAGUCUCAAAUCAGGUGAUCCUUACGAAAAAUCUAAAUCCUGAAAAGGGUGCUAUGUCAAUCGCCACUAAGAUCGCUAUUCAACUGAAUUGUAAACUUGGCGGCGUUCCGUGGUCAGUUGAAAUUCCACGAUCAGGACUUAUGGUAGCUGGUUUUGAUGUCUGCCAUGAUACUAUCCACAGAAAUAAAGAUAUUGGUGCUAUGGUGGCAUCUCUCGACAAAAGCUUCGGCCGCUACUACAGUGCGGUUACUAUGCAUAAGAAUGGAGAGGAAAUGUCAAACAAUCUUUCCACGAAUAUGGUUGACGCAGCCAUAAAGUAUCGUGAAGUUAACAAAGAGCUACCAACGCACAUAGUCCUCUACAGGGACGGCGUGAGCGACGGAGAGAUCCCCUACGUUUAUUCCCACGAAGUUAGGACCAUCCGGGAGAAGCUCAACGCUCUUUAUAAGAAUACUAAUCCCGUGAAGCUCGCCGUAAUUAUCGUGACAAAAAGAAUUAACACCAGACUUUUUCUCGACCAUAGCCUAAAUCCACCACCUGGUACCAUUGUUGAUGAUGGCAUUACUGACCCUUUGAGAUACGACUUCUUCAUCGUCUCUCAACAUACUCGACAGGGUUCUGUUGCACCUACUCAUUACAAUGUCAUCUAUGACACCCUGGGUUUCGAUGCUGACAAGAUUCAACGUCUGACGUACAAACUGUGCCAUAUGUAUUUCAACUGGGCUGGUACCGUCAGUGUUCCUGCCCCUUGCCAGUAUGCUCACAAGCUCGCCUUCCUCGUGGGACAACAUCUCCAUCAGCAACCCAGUACAGCACUAGAGAAUUUACUAUACUUCCUGUAAGAGCAGCCACGGUAAGUGAUAGUAAGCUGCUUAUUACACGUACAAGAAGCAACAAAUGUUCCUAUCCUGUUCUUAUUAUUUGAUUAACAUAUGUAUAGUUUAUAACUAAGAAUAUUACUUCAGUUAACUACGUGGAAUAUAUAUGAGAAGCUUUCGAGGAGCAGUAAUUAUUUUGUUUUACUGUAUUUUAUUAUUUUGUAUUUUAUAAGAAUGCCCUCUGAUUCAUUUUUUUAGUUCUUAGGCAUAACUGCAUGGAACAUGUUUACCAUAUUUUUUCUCGCAAUAAACAAAUGUAUUACACGGACUAAUGUUUGAUUGAAAACUGCGAGUUGAAUCAGUUGUAUUAAAAUUUACAGAAAUUAUUGAAUUCCAGAUGUAGAUUAAGAACCAAUAACAUAUCCGGCGUGUUUUAUUUCAAGGCAAUGCAUGCGUUUAAUUAUAGUCGAUUCGUGAGUAAAUUGUGCUUUAGAGCACAUUUUUUCUUAAUACUCUUAAUGUAGCGUGUUCUGCAAGUAUUCUCUUGGCAUUGUAAUCGUAAUUAUGUAAUGUAUACAUAUAUCCUUGAAUUAAAAUAUAUAAUCAUUGAUUACGAUAAAGAAAACUGUUUGUAAAAAUUUUAUACCUAGAC